ACCACCACCAUCACCACCACCACCACAACUGCCAACAGCUCGCAAUGGCCGCACCGCUGCGAUCUGUGCACGCCACCUCGGGCCAGAGCACAGCACCUCCACUCGCCACGCCUGCCCCCACUCGAUCCUUGACCUCUGCACGCGCCAUCGCAUCCGCUCGAUCGCUGCCAGCCUUGUGCUUUGCUUCGUCUGCCUCGGCUGCGGCUGCGACUGCGGCUGCGAGCAAGAGCACUGGAACAAAGUCGCGCAUCCACAGCGAUGCGCAGCUGGCUCAUUGGAUGGGCAAAAGCGCAGCGCAUCGCCUCUUGGUGCUGCUGGUGGAGCGACUGUGCGAAGCUGCUGUCGGCUGUCCCACCACGACUUCCACCAACCAUGCAGCGCCUACCAAUGCCGGCAUCGCAUUGGUGAUGGAUGUGCUGCAGGAGCUGGACAAGUGGACCGCAGAGAUUCAGCCACACACUGGCGCGCAGAGGUUCGGCAAUCUGGCAUUCAGGGAUUGGGGUGCCAGGCUGGAGCAGCGCGUGGAAGAUCUCCACAAACGACUACCUGAGCGCAUACAUGCGCACAUUCCCGAUCUGUGCGGCUACCUGCUCGGCUCGUUUGGCUCCUGGGUGCGCAUCGACUACGGAUCUGGUCAUGAGCUGGCCUUUCUCGCUUGGCUGCUCGCCCUCAUCCAGCUGGGCGUGUUUGGAGAAUUGCAAGGAGACGAUGCUGAGGCGGUCAAGCCUGCAGAGGGCGCUCAGACACAGGUGCCGUUGGAGGUGGAUGCGCAUGCGAUCGGGCAAACGCUUGCACCGCAAGGCUACGAGAGGGAGCUGGCUACGCGCGUGCUGCCCGCUUAUCUGCGCACCGUCUGGUCUUUGCAAGAUCGAUAUGGUCUAGAACCGGCUGGCAGUCACGGCGUAUGGGGCCUCGUGAGUGCUCAAGUGUCGCGAGUGUCGCGAGCAGCUAGCUUCGACGCUUAUCUAGUAGCCUCGCGCACACAGGACGACUAUCAAUUCGUGCCUUACAUCAUCGGAGCAGCUCAAUUGCGGCGUCAGUAGCGGUGGGCGUUGUUGCUCGCGAUCGCGAUCGCCGUGCCCCGCUCACACUCACGACCAUUCGCUCUUGCCCCGCUCGCAGUGCAAAGCGAGUAUAGACCGCAAGAGAUUGCUGCGUCGUCUCACAAGCCGGCGGCGGGAUCAUCGCCUUGCGCUCUGCUAGCAUUUCGAGGUACAGCACCGCUGCCAAACCUCUUC